AGGUUAAGUUCGUUUUUUCCACACUGCUCGAAUGGUUUUCUUUUAACAUAUUGGAAGUCAAAACUCUUUUCUUUUGCGCUCUAUUAAGAUGGAUUGGUACAUUGGCACAGAAUGGAAGGACGAGAAACGCGGCCUGAGCAAGAAAGUACUUAGCCUGGAGUUCGCAGAUAUGGCAAAGCCGAUGGCUGCCAGCACAGUGCUAUUUAGCGUUAACAACAAAUGCGCCAAUUUGGAGGACAGGCCCAGUAAGUAUCUGGGUGGCGAGGAGUCCUUGACCUUUCCCCAGCAACAUACCUUGGAAAUGGGGACUGCCACAACGCCCGUGGACUGCUAUGUGGAGAUGUUGCUGCAGCAAUUCAUGCCAGGGGAAACCGCCGCCUGCAGCAUCACCAGCAAGACCGGCGAGCGAAUCGAGUUUGAUUUGAAGCUGGAUCUGAUUGUUAAGAACCCCCAGGUGCACAAGCUAAACGCAGCAGAGAUUUACGAGCUUGCACUGCGUUUCAAGGAGAUGGGAAGAGCGGAGAGGAGCGGCAGAGAGAAAGUAAAGGGCAUCCAACUGCAGUUGUUGGGCAACAACAAUCAUUGACAGCUAUGCAGGGGGCGUACACUUCUGUGAUUUGGGUUCAGAGAAUUAUUUUGGGAAUUAAUCAAGCACGCACUCUCACACACUCACACGUACAUACACAAGAGUGGUUUUAUUCACUGCAUUUUUUGUUAUUCUCCAAUUAGUUUCAAUUAGUGCCAUUGAGCUACUGCGUCAUUGUGUCCAUGGAAGACAAGACAGAGAGGAGCCGAGCCUGAGAGUGGUCUGCUCCUAUGAUAACUGUCUCUUGUUCGACCGCCACCGGCUAGCCAGCUCAUAAUUAUGAGCACACCAACACACAUUACAUUACACCAGUGUGCCAUGUUUAUAAUUACCUUUGAACAGAUAAUCGUAUUCGUCUUCUCUUGCACCCAUUUUGCUGAAGUUUGUUUUAAUAUAAUUGGCUUCGUUUAAUUAUUAUUGGCAGCUCCGGUUGCGUUCCGUUUGAUUGGUGUGCGAGUCUUAAGUAAAA